AUGCCUGCAAAGUAUGAAGGUCUUCUCGACCAGGAGCACUUGCAGGAAGUCAAUUUGAAAUCCGCAACAUGGAAAUCCGUACGACCAGGACGAUGGAGCCUUGACGUUGUUCGACCUGCAUUCCUUACUAUUCGUCCUAGUAGUCCGAAAAAACGUUUGCGACCGACAGCUUGGCUUGAUGGCCUUCGAGGCUUUGCAGCUUUGCUCGUUUACUUCCACCACAAUCAGCUCUGGGCACACGGACUCACCGGAAACACAGUCUACGAAAACUCGUUCGGUUUUGAAGGCAGACAUUAUUUCGCUGCAUUGCCUUUUGUUCGACACUUCUUCUCGGGUGGCCAUUUCGCGGUUUCCAUCUUCUUCGUCAUCUCGGGAUACGUACUCUCCGUGAAGUCACUCAGUCUGAUCCACAAAGGCCAACACCAGAACGUAGCGGACAGUGUCGGCUCAGCCCUCUUUCGGCGCUGGGUUCGACUCUACAUUCCAGUUAUUGCGGUCACUCUACUGUGUUUGAUUUUGCGACACUAUCCAGGCAUCUUUGCCGCAUAUGGUGAAAAGAAAGAUUCCUUCCGCGAGGAUCUUUGGCUCUACUACACGACCUUCAAGAACUACAGUUUUGUAUUUCUGACUGGUAACGUGUACGAGUUUCCUCUGCUGUUUCACCCGCACUCAUGGUCAAUUCCGAUUGAGUUCAAAGGAUCGAUCAUUAUCUACACCGCCUUGUUGGCCCUUUCCAAGUGUACCAGGAAUGCCCGAUUAUGGCUUGAGACAGGACUCAUCUUCUAUUUCCUGUACAUCGUCGAUGGAUGGUAUGGCGCCUUGUUUAUGGCUGGGAUGCUGUUGUGUGACCUGGAGCUCCUCGCACUCAACGACAAAUUGCCGCGCGUUUUCUCGAUGCUCGACAACUUUAAAGAGUUGAUAUUCUUCCAUCUUUUUAUCGCUGCGAUGUACCUUGGGGGAGUGCCAUCGUGUGACGGGGAGGACUUCGUGACUGUCUUGAAGAAAUCUCCAGGCUGGAAGUGGCUGUCACAUUUCAAACCUCAAGCUGUCUUCGACGGAAAAUGGUUCUACCUAUUCUGGGCGGCUAUUUUUACCGUCGCGUCGAUCCCACGAUUGCCAUGGCUGAAGCAAUUCUUCGAACUCCGCUUCUGUCAGUACCUCGCUCGCGUUUCGUUCGCGCUUUAUCUCGUACACGGUCCGGUUAUAUGGUUUCUAGGUGACCGCAUCUACGCUGUGGUCGGCUUCACGAGAGACGAUCACAAGGACAACAUUCCAGGUUGGAUGGACAAGUUCCCCAUUUCCAAGAGUGGGCCAAUGGGAUUGGAAGUGGCUUUUUGGGCAGCACAGUUGAUUAUCUUCCCGAUUACACUGUGGGCAGCAGAAGUGGCCACCAAGCUGUUUGAUGAGCCAAGCGUCAAGUUCGCCAACUGGCUCUACAACAAGUCAUUGGCACCUCCUGUUUCACCGAAACCUGUAGCUUGA